AUGAAAGUAAUUGUCGUAUUACAAACCAAACAGCUGUUUAAUGCCGACAACGCCGUUUCCUUGGAGGUUGGGUGCAGAAAGCUACUGUUUUUCAGGCUUAGGCACGUUGAGCAAAAAUUGCAAUUAGACCCUCAAACUGUCAUGUACAGAAGGGAGGACCCAAGGGGUCAUGAACACCCGAGCACGUAG